UCGCCAAGGCCCAAUGACGACAAGGCCCAACCCUUCCCGCCCAGGCUCUGGGGACACUACCGUGGAGGAGCCGCGGGAGGCUUCAUUGCUUUCGUCGUCUCCGCUGCAGCUAGAAUUCCCCGCCUCUCCCGAGAACCCAGCUCACCUCAUCUUGUCCCGGCGCCUGGCCCUCUGGGACGGCACCUAAGUACAACUGGUGCCCGUAUUUGGAUUCGAUUGGCGAGAUACUUUGUUUCAGAGGGCUGGGGACCCGGGGCCAUUGAGGUCGCGGGGACCCAGGAAUCUUCGAACAUGGGAACUGGCAUCCCAGCCUCAGAGCAGAGCAACUGUGCCAAAGGAGAUCCACAGGUUUAUUAUUCUGAAGAGGAAACCACAGACACUGAGGCUGUGGAGGUUACAGACUGUGAGAAUCCUGAGGACCGUCGACCCCAACAUGAGCCAGGGUACUGCAAUCCAGAAGACUCCGGGCAGCUGAUGGCCUCCUAUGAGGGCAAAGCUAGAGGCUACCAAGUGCCUCCCUUUGGCUGGCGCAUCUGCUUGGCUCACGAGUUUGCAGAGAAAAGGAAACCCUUUCAAGCAAGGGACAUCUCCUUAAGCAACCUGAUAAAGCAUUUGGGCAUGGGCUUGAGGUACUUGAAGUGGUGGUACCGGAAGACCCAAGUGGAAAAGAAAAAACCUUUCAUCGACAUGAUCAAUUCUGUACCCCUAAGACAGAUCUAUGGUUGUCCCUUGGGCGGCAUUGGGGGAGGCACAAUCACCCGUGGCUGGAGAGGCCAGUUCUGUCGUUGGCAACUUAACCCUGGACUGUACCAGCACCAGACAGUCAUCGCUGACCAAUUCACAGUGUGUUUGCGUCGGGAGGGACAGACCGUGUACCAGCAAGUUCUGUCCCUGGAGCGCCCAAGUGUCCUGCGCAGCUGGAACUGGGGACUGUGUGGACACUUUGCUUUCUACCAUGCCCUAUAUCCCCGAGCCUGGACUGUUUAUCAGCUUCCUGGUCAGAAUGUCACCCUCACCUGCCGUCAGAUCACACCCAUCUUGCCCCAUGACUAUCAGGACAGCAGCCUGCCUGUAGGAGUCUUUGUGUGGGAUGUAGAAAAUGAAGGUGAUGAAGCUCUGGAUGUGUCCAUUAUGUUCUCCAUGCGGAAUGGACUGGGGGGUGGAGAUGAUGCCCCAGGUGGUUUGUGGAAUGAACCCUUCUGUCUGGAGCGGGAUGGAGAGACAGUAAAGGGACUGCUGCUACAUCAUCCAACUCGGCCAAAUCCCUACACCAUGGCUGUGGCUGCACGACUCACGGCAGAUACCACGGUAACCCACAUCACGGCCUUUGACCCUGACGGCACUGGGCAGCAGGUGUGGCAGGACCUACUUGAGGAUGGACAGCUGGACUCCCCUGCUGGCCAAAGCACCCCCUCACCAAAAGGAGCUGGUAUCGCUGGGGCUGUCUGUGUUUCCAGCAAGGUACUACCUCGAGGUCAAUGCUGCCUGGAAUUUUCACUGGCUUGGGACAUGCCCAAGAUUGUGUUUGGAGCUAGGGGGCAAGUCCACUGCAGAUGGUACACAAGGUUCUUUGGCCAAGAUGGUGAUGCAGCCCCUGCAAUUAGCCACUAUGCCCUCUGCUGUUAUCCAGACUGGGAAGACAAGAUCUCAGCUUGGCAAAGCCCAGUAUUGCAUGACAGAUCCUUGCCUGCCUGGUACAAAUCUGCACUAUUCAAUGAAUUGUACUUCCUGGCCGAUGGCGGCACAGUAUGGCUGGAAGUCCCUGAGGACUCCCUACCAGAGGAUCUGGGAGGAAGCAUGGAUCAGCUUCGCCCCAUCCUGCAGAACUAUGGUCGAUUUGGCUAUCUUGAGGGCCAGGAAUAUCGCAUGUACAACACAUAUGAUGUCCACUUUUAUGCUUCUUUUGCCCUCACCAUGCUCUGGCCCAAACUCGAGCUCAGCCUACAGUAUGACAUGGCUCUGGCAACCCUCGGGGAGGACUUGACACGGCGACGGUACCUGAUGAGUGGAGUAAUGGCACCUGUGAAAAGAAGGAAUGUCAUCCCUCAUGACAUCGGGGACCCAGAUGAUGAGCCCUGGCUCCGAGUCAAUGCGUACUUGAUUCAUGAUACUGCUGACUGGAAGGACCUGAACCUGAAGUUUGUGCUGCAGGUUUAUCGGGACUAUUACCUGACGGGUGAUCAAGACUUCCUGAAGGACAUGUGGCCUGUGUGUCUAGCUGUAAUGGAGUCUGAAAUGCAGUUUGACAAGGACCAUGAUGGACUCAUUGAGAAUGGAGGCUAUGCAGACCAGACCUAUGAUGGAUGGGUUGCCACUGGUCCCAGUGCUUACUGUGGAGGGCUGUGGCUGGCAGCUGUGGCUGUGAUGGUCCAGAUGGCCAUUCUGUGUGGCGCACAAGAUGUCCGGGAUAAGUUUUCUUCCAUCCUUAGCAGAGGCCAGGAAGCCUAUGAGAGACUACUAUGGAAUGGCCGCUAUUACAACUAUGAUAGCAGCUCUCAGCCUCAGUCUCGUAGCAUCAUGUCUGACCAAUGUGCUGGACAGUGGUUCCUGAGAGCCUGUGGCCUAGGAGAAGGGGAUACUGAGGUAUUUCCUAUUCCACAUGUGGUCCGGGCUCUCCAAACCAUCUUUGAGCUCAAUGUCCAGGCCUUUGCAGGGGGAGCCAUGGGAGCUGUGAAUGGGAUGCAGCCUCAUGGUGUCCCUGAUAGAUCCAGUGUGCAGUCUGAUGAAGUCUGGGUGGGUGUGGUCUAUGGAUUGGCAGCCACCAUGAUCCAAGAGGGCCUGACUUGGGAGGGCUUCCAGACAGCUGAAGGCUGCUACCGCACUGUGUGGGAGCGCCUGGGCUUGGCUUUCCAGACUCCAGAGGCAUAUUGCCAGCAGCGAGUCUUCCGCUCACUGGCCUACAUGCGGCCACUGAGCAUCUGGGCCAUGCAGCUGGCCUUGCAACAGCAGCAGCAGAAAAAGGUUGGAAGGCCAAUAGUUGAACAGAGCAAGGGACUGAGCCCAAGGCCUAAAUGUGGACCAAAGGGAGCCUUGGCAAACCAAGAGUGAACCUGAUAUUUCCCUUUACCCCCCCAAACUCCUGCAGCCCUGAGCCUCUAGGACAAUCAUGCCUCUUCCCUUCGCCCACCCGACUGUGCCAGUAAAGAGGGGC